UUGACAGUGGCUGACCUCAUGAGGACAAGUUUCACUUAGUAUUUUAUGGUUCAACACCUAAAAUGUCUAAAUGAGUGGUCGAUUUGGUGUAAAUGAGGCUUUAGAUCUGUUAGAUGAUCUCCCUGAAGAUUUUUCUGACACCGAAUUUGAAGACGGGAGUGAUCUUGAAGAGGAUGACCUUGCCUGGUUGCGCGAGACUAAUGUCAACGAAAAACACAAUGAGGAAGCUGCAUUCCGUGACUCCGUUCUGUACACUGCAGAUGAUUUACUGACCCAAAACCAGGGUCCCGGUCAACAUGAUCUCGUUGUUCAAGAAGACAGGAACCCUCGUAUUAGUCGUUGCAAUCCAAGAGGCUCUCCGGAUACUGCUGCGUCGUGCAAGUCUUUUUAUAGUCACCAUAGGCCUACCAGUAAUGCUCCUUCUUCACAUGCUCCAGCACAGGCUCUGAGCAAGAAUCGAAACAGCAGUGACAGCCAGUCUGAUGACAGUAACGGUGACGAGGAGUGGUUUCCUUCUAGUGUUCAAACGGCCGCUACCAGCAAAUAUCGAGGUCGUGUCAGAGUACGAGGAGGUUCUGGUCGAGCUUCAAGUUCAAGUAGCCGGAAUGUCAGCAGGGCCUGUCAUUCACAUGAAGUUCCACUACAUGACGCUCAACAGACUCAAGAGGCAUUGCCUGCCCUUCCACCUACUAGCCAGGGAGUUUACCAGUGUGGUCGCAGAAGAGGUCGCGUCCGUGUUCGAGGUUGUGGAAGUAGGAAAGUGUGCAGAGUUUCAAGUACCCUGGAUGUUUAUUCACAGAGCCAGAACGAAGGCACUGAAUUUCAUCGAGGUGACAAUGACAACACUGGUGUAGAAAGCCAAGCUGACACUAGCACUGAUGAGGAAUGGUUACCUGGCUCUCGUACCAGUCAAAAUCGUGAAGGUUGCCGUGGCAUUGGUGCUAAUGCAUUGCCUGCUGCAAAUCGUGGACGAGGUCGUGGUCGUGGUCGCGGUCGUGGUCGCGGUAAGGUGGCCAACACAGUGGCCAGGGAUGGAGAACACGUUGUUCAACUUCAACCAGAGACCGACGAUACAGAUGAUUCAGGUGUUGACAAGGAUAUUAUUGUGGCUGGUCAAGACAUAGUGUGGGAGGCGUUUGAUGGCGAUGAAGUGAACCCUAAUCAUGCUAUUCCUUUUACUGCUAGGAGUGGUGUGUGCGAUUGGGUUUUAGCCAGAGAGCCUGUUCUAGCCUCCGACUUUUUCAAACUCUUUUGGGAUGACAACAUAUCCCGUGACAUUUGCAGGGAGACCAAUUUGUAUGCAGAUCAGUGUAGGGCAGCAAAUCCAUCAAACAUGCGGUGGAUUCAAAUUGACAGGAUAUCACUUGAUGCUUUCUUAGGAGUAAACAUUGCCCAAGGCAUUGAUCGUCGUGCCCAUCUGAGGGACUACUGGUCCACAAAGCCAUGGUCCCGGACACCGUGGUAUGGAGAGGUCUUCACUGGGAAGGAUUUUUUUCAAAUCCAUCGAUACUUACACUGUUGUGACAAUGUACAAUAUGAUCCAAAUGAUCCGAACAGAGACAAACUUUUCAAAGUCAGGUUUCUUGUAAAUAGAUUGAGUGAAAACUUUCGGCUGAUGUACACACCUGGACACCAUAUUUCAGUUGAUGAACAGAUGAUUGGAACAAAGUGCCGGGUUUCUUUCCUCCAGUAUAUGCCGAAGAAGCCAAAGCGAUUUGGUAUAAAACUUUGGGUCCUCGCUGAGAGUGAUUCUGGCUAUUGCAGUCGCUUCCAAAUCUAUACUGGGAAGGUUGCUGAUCGCGUUGAAGUUGGCUUGCCAUCACGUGUUGUAAUAAUAAUAAUACGAGUCUUAUAUAGCGCAGUAUCCAACCAUCAACUGGCCGCUCAAAGCGCUUGAUAGGCCUCUUUAAAAAGCAAAUGUUUGAGUUGUCCCUUGAAAGAUAACAGAGAGCUGCAGUUCCUAACAGUUGAAGGAAGUUUGUUCCACAGCUGAGGGGCUCCAAUUGAAAAUGCUCUACCACCGACUGACAUGACAUUGGCCUUUGGGAUAGACAGAAGAACGACCGAUGAAGAGCGCAGAGUUCGAGAAACGGUAUGAACGGAGAGAAGUUCUGAAAGGUAUUGGGGAGCAAGUUGGUGAACACACUUGUAAGUUAGAAGGAGAACCUUGUACUUGAUGCGCUGUUGCACAGGAAGCCAAUGUAGAGACCUGAGUACUGGGGAAAUGGAAGAUUGUUUCUUGGUCUUGGUAAUUAGGCGAGCGGCCGAAUUUUGUACCUUCUGUAGGGGUAUAAUUGUUGAAUUGGGACAACCAAGGAGAAGGGAAUUACAGAAAUCCAGGCGAGAUAUUACAAGAGCCUGGACAUAUAACCUGGUGGUAUUUGGAGUUAGAUAUUUUCUGAUUUUCCCGAUGUUACGAAUGUGAAAAUUGGUGGCCCGUACACAGGUGUUAAUGUGUUCUUUGAAAUUGAAAUCACGGUCCAAGAUCACACCCAAAUCUCUUGCAGAAACAGAAGAAUAUACAUUUGUAUCAAUGAUACGGAUGGCGGGGAGAUUAAUAGUGCUGCUGAACCUGCGGGAACAGAUUAGCAGAAUCUCGGUCUUGUCGCCAUUACAGCUAAGAAAGUUGUCAACCAACCAAAGAUUUAGAUCGUGGACAGCAUUAGAGAUCUUGGAGCAGGUGGUACUAAUCUCAGUUAUAGUGAAUGCCACAUACAAUUGACUGUCAUCAGCAUAUAAGUGGUACAUAAUGGCAUGCUUACGGAUGAUUCCACCAACUUGGGUAGUGUAGACAGUAAAAAGUACUGGUCCCAGUAUAGAACCCUGGGGAACACCGAACUUGAUAGGACUAGGUCUUGACAAUUUGCCGUCAAUGCAUACCUCUUGUGAUCUGCUAUCAAGAUAAGACGAAACCCAUGCCAGUGCUGUGCCAGUAACACCCAUAGCAGCAAG